AUGGUUCUCCAACAAAAACUCACGCCCGAGACGUUUCUCGCAGCACCGCAACGGUCGAGCGCCGUGCCCUGUCCGUCUGGCCGCAUCGCCUAUUUUACCGUGUCAACGCAUACCUUUGUCGACGAUGGCAAUAUCAAGGGCACAACCAAGAAGGAGCUGUUCAUACUGGACGUCAACAACGGCAAUUCGUGGCCCUUUGUCGUCGACAAAUCGAAUGAUGCCAGCAAACUAGGCGACAUGGCCUGGAUCCCCGGGUCGGCGGACGAGCUGCUGUGGUUGCGGCCAAACGAGAACGGGUCGACAGACGUCGUCGUGGGCAAGGCCACGUACCACGAAAUGGACGACCCGUCGUUCCAGCCCUACGUCGCCGGCCAUGUGGCAGCCCCCAUCAAGGCCCUCCGUCUCAAGGCCCUGCCGGAUGGGUCCGUGGCCUUUGCCGUGGCUGGCCAAGUCGGCGCGGAUGGACAGCUCUACAACGAGAAGAUGCGGUUCCCACCGCAGGAGAUCUCGCGCCUCGACCAGCUGAUCGACUUUGACUACGAUCCGUCUAGAUCGGUCGAGCCCACCAUUGCAGAGCUUCCUUCACCUCCCCAGCCAGGCAGCUCAGCCCGCAUCUACGACACCUGGCAGGUCCGAGCUUGGGACCGCUACCUGCCGCCCCAGCCAUACGCCAUCUGGUACGGUUCGCUCACCCGGCGCCCGUUGUUGUCGGCCUUGCCCGACGACCGGACUUUUGUCUGGUCCCUGAGUGAUCUCUACAACGCUCUCCAGCAUGCGCCUCCGCGCUUUGAGGCCCCCUUUGGUAUCUACGAUCCGCUCGAUCCGACCGCCUCGUAUGACAUUGGCGCCCAGGGCGUCGUCUUUGUCGUCCGCGACCCGGCGCCGGCCAAUAUGCACCACACCAGCUGCACCGAGGUGUACUAUGUGCCGCUGGACAGCUUUGCAUCGCCGACGGUGUACAAACCAGCGCGCAUCCGGGUGUCGCAUACAGCGGCCAGCACCAGCCCCGCGUCGGCAUCGGGCGGCAGUCCUCCUGGCCUUGCUCUCAACCCGCGCUUCUCGCCCGACGGGACAAUGGUCGCCUUUCUGUGGGCCCCGCUCACCUGCCCUGCCGACCUCCGCGUGCAUCUCGGCCACAUUGUCUCGGGCGCUGUGCACGACGCGUCGAUCGUCGUGGCCGGGCCGGGAGAAGAGGCUGCGCUCGUCUCCCGCGACGGUCCCGUGCCGGAUGCGUUUGAGUUUGCUCCGUCCGGCAAGGCUGUCUUUAUCAAGGCUCGCGACUGCGGCCGAACAAGCCUGUUUGUCAUGGAGUUGCGGGCCGGGGCACGGCCACGGCGGAUCAGUGGCGGUCGGGGAUCCGUCAGUGAGUAUUACGUGAUCCGACGGGAAGGCCGCCGGCCCGACGACGAUCGUUUGUCGUCGUAUUCGGUGCUGAUUUCUGGCUCGUCUCUUGUCGACAGCCGCUUCUUCCACAUGGUCGACAUCGAGGACGACGGAGACACCGACACCUUUGAGCCGCGCGUUAUUUCCACGGCCACCAAGGACGGAGCGCGGUUUGGUCUGUCGUACGACCACCAAGUGUCGGAAAUGUACUUUGAGGGCGGUUGUUUGGACGACGACGACGACGGUGGCAACAGCGACGGCGGCAACGGCAACGGUCACAGCAACACAGCUGCGGGCUACUUUGUCCAGGCCUGGGUGGUGCGGCCAUCCAACCACGGCAAACCAGGCUCGCCUGCCAAACUGCCCCUGGCCCUUGUUGUCCAUGGCGGGCCGGAGGGUGCGUUCGACGACGAGUGGCACAUGCGCUGGAACGCCGCCGUGUGGGCCGAGCAGGGGUACGCGGUUGUGAUGCCCAACAUUACGGGCAGCGUUGGCUUUGGUCUCGACCACACCACACGCAUCUACAACAAUUGGGGCGGCUCACCGUACCGCGAUCUUGAAAAAUGCAUGCUGGCCCUCCAGGACGUUCCUGACAUUGACUGCAGUCGUGCCGUUGUCGCCGGCGGCAGCUACGGCGGCUACAUGGUCGCGUGGCUGCUGGGCAAGCCCCUGGGCAAGCAGUUCAACGCGGCCGUCUGCCACGACCCCGUCUUCACAACCGAGUUUAUGGGCCUGACAUCCGACUUUUCCGAUGGCAUUGCCACGUUUUCGGGUCCUGGGUACGCCUGGGAGAACAACGACAACAUCCAGCGGUACAACCCGGCCCGCCCGGACCGCAUCGCGGCCUGGAAAGACUAUGCUGCGCCGACACUGGUCGUCCACAGCGACCUCGACUACCGCUGCGUCGUCAUGGAGGGCCAGUCCGUGUUUCGCGCGCUGCUGUUCCAGGGCGUGCCGGCACGCUACCUCAACUUUCCAGACGAAGGCCAUUUUGUGACGAAGAAGGAGAAUGCACUGGUGUGGCACCGCGUCGUGUUCGACUGGCUGCAGCGGUGGCGCGAUGUCAAGCGGCCACAAGCAGGCGCGCCUGUAGCGGAGUUGCACUAG